AUGUCCAAGACCAGUGUCAAAACGGGACAGCACCCGCCCAUCUACUCUCUUCUCCGUCCUUACGAGGACUUUCCCAAGCGCAUCGAGGGGUCCUCAGUAUGGCGAGCGGAUGAGCUAAAGGAGAAGCCAGAGAGCUGGACAUAUGGCUUCUCAGCGGAACAGAUCGAUGAGCUGGGCAAGGCGGCGGACGAGGCUCUGCAGAGCGGCAGGAAGUUGACCGAGAUUACCAAGGCAAACUUCUCACUGCCCACACUAGCUCCCCUCUUCACCUCCCUCCGCCCCACCCUGCUCAACGAUCGCGGCUUCAUCCUCUUCCAAAACGUCCCGGUCCACCAAUGGUCCCGCGAAAAGUGCGCGGCCGCUUACCUUGGCCUCGGCGCCCACUUUGGUAUCGCCAUCUCCCAGAACGGACGCGGUCACAUCCUCGGACACGUCAAGAACCUUGCGGAGGACCAAUCUCAGUCCAAAGUUCCCAUCCGUAUCUACCGUACCAACAAGCGUCAAUUCUUCCACACCGACUCGGCGGAUCUCGUCGGGCUCCUCUGCAUGGCACGGGCUAUGGAAGGGGGUGAGUCGGACAUUGUGUCGACUCACCACCUCUACAACGCGAUGCAGGAGGAGCAUCCUGAGGCGGUCAAGUUGAUGACGGAGCCCAUAUGGUACUUUGAUCGGAAGGGCGAGGUGUCAGAAGGGGAGGAGCCGUACAUCGGAACUUCGUUGCUUCAGCUCGUCAAGGCGUCCAACGGCGAGGAGAGGGUCUACGCCCGGUUCGACCCCAUGAACGUCACCACGCUCGAGCGGUACAAUUCUGGCCCGGACGCCGUCAUCCCUCCCCUCACCCCGGCCCAGAUCGAGGCCAUGGCAAUCCUGGAGGAGACAGCCCACCGGCUCGCGCUCCACAUGAUCCUCCAGCCAGGAGACAUCCAGCUGCUUGCCAACGCACACAUCUUCCACGCGCGUACAGAGUAUACAGACUGGCCGGCGGGCUCGGUGGAUGAGGAGGGCAGGCCGAGGUUACAGAGGCAGCUCAUGCGGCUGUGGCUGGCGGUAGGUGAGGAAGAGGGUGGGUGGAAGUUGCCGUAUGUGGACAGCAAGGAAGCGAAGCGCGGCGGGAUCCAAGUAGACGAUACACCUCCUCAUUGCCCUCUGGAUGCGGAGUAG